AUUAUAUGCUCUAAUGUAAGCCGUGAUGCCGACCCAUGAUGCCGACAAUAAGCCAAGUGGCCAAAAUUCGAACUACGUAACUAUCCGGCCAUUUUCGUAAACGAAACGAAAGUGGCUGGCGUCCGUUGACAAACGUUGAUGCAACGAUACAGACUUCACACGGGUAUAAAUCCGUUUCAAUCGCCAGUUUUUUCGUGAGCUAGUGAGAUUUUAGUGUCGAUUAUCGGAACAUAAGUGUCAAAAUGUCGAUCGGGGUGCCAAUUAAAGUACUUCACGAAGCCGAAGGUCACACUAUAACCUGUGAAACUAACACCGGCGAGGUUUACCGCGGAAAGUUAAUAGAAGCCGAAGACAACAUGAACUGUCAAAUGCAAAACCUGACCGUCACUUAUCGCGAUGGACGCGUAGGCCAGCUAGAGAACGUUUACAUUAGGGGCUCAAAAAUAAGGUUCCUUAUAUUACCGGAUAUGUUGAAAAAUGCCCCGAUGUUCAAAAGACCCGGUGGCAAAGGCGCCGGCACUGCGGGCAGAGGAAAGUCUGCAAUACUACGGGCACAAGCACGGGGCAGGGGACGAGGUCAAAACCAGAGAGGCAGAGGCACGGGUUCGGCCCCUUGGUUGAAUCAGCAAAACCAACCAGGAGGUUCACAACCUGGAAGAGGAAGAGGAUAAAUGUUAUAAGGAUCAUUUUUGUUUAUCAUUAUAUCUAGUGCACUAAAGUUUAUUUAGUUCAUACUUUUAUAAGGGAUGUAAAAAAUAAUUCCAUGUAAACGUAAAUUGAAACCAAACAUGCCUGUGACAAUAUGUGUAGGCAGUGAUCACUUAUGAUAAUAACAAUGUAAAUUAAUAAGUAUUCAAAAAUUUAAUGUCAUUGUGUUUACUCCCUUAGGACUUUGAACAAGAAAACAGACCUGGUGGAGAAUACAACUGUCUUGCUGUAUUGUGGUUUUCAUUCAUAUUCCAUUGUAACAUCCCGUCUAAUUGUAAGUCUCAACCAGAGGUACAUGGGCAAAUGCGAGCAUUAUUAUGAAUUUUCUUCUACAUUAAUUAUCUUAAGAUCUGAAUGAAAUAUUAAGAUAAGAGGAAAGAUUGUUGAAAGAAUCUUUAACUAUGUUAUUUGCGACAACGAUUGUCAACACAAAAGAGAAUAUCUACUACGUUAUAAAAAUGCAUCUGGGAGGUCUGAAUAACACAAGCUAUGAUAUCAAGAAAGGUUUGAUUAUUGUGAAUUGAUAUUUCAUUCCCUACAGAGAUAGAAAAAAUUCGUCUGAAGUAGUUUCAAAAACAAUUUACAUCUAGAGUGCAUAUAAAUAGAUUUUUGUCAGAAAAGUGCAGCAGAUAUUCAACAAUUACAUUUGUGCAUUAUAACUAUUAUAGUGUAAGAAUUUUCGAAUGUUUAUUAUAAGUUGUAUGAAUCUAAAGUUCCUAAUUACGUACUAAUUAGACACUUCAUUAAGAAAUUGAAUGCUCAUGAUAUUUUUAAUUCAAGCGGGAACCUCCAAAACAAAAAAUCCACGAAGGACGAUAGAUUUAGAAAAACUGAUACACUGGAAUCAAACGAUAAUUAGAGGCUAAAAUUGAGUGCAAGGUUAUGGACAUGUAUGUAUCUUUCUGUUUCAACUUGUGAAUCGUAGUGUCUUGCAGAAAUCUGGCAGCGCUGCCGAUUU